AUGAGAGUUCUUUGCGUCGCCGAGAAACCCUCGAUCGCGAAAGCCGUUGCAGGUCACCUCUCAGGUGGUCAAGUUCAAAGUCAUAGCACGUCGGAAAAAUACAUCAAGAACUAUGUCUUUGACUACGACUUUGGACAUCCCUGGGGUCAUUGCCAAGUUACCAUGACAUCUGUACUCGGUCAUAUUACCUCGGCCGUUUUCCCUGCCGAGUAUAAGAGCUGGGAAUAUCCGCCGCCCGAACGCUUGUUUGAUGCCCCUGUAAAUAUCAUCACAUCCGAGGACAAAACGAAAGUAGCAGAUAACAUCGAAAAGCAGGCACGCUAUGCUAACGCACUGUGCAUAUGGACUGAUUGUGAUCGAGAAGGCGAGCACAUAGGCCAUGAGAUAUGCGAGGCAGCUAAGAAGGGCAACAGGACUCUGGAUAUCAAGAGGGCUAGGUUCAGCAAUAUCGAGAGAGCGCAUAUCUUGAACGCGUCUCGAAACCUCGUCAAUCUUGAUCAUAAGCAAGUUAAUGCUGUAGCCUCCCGCAUCGAGCUGGACCUUAGGAUCGGUUAUGCAUUUACUCGGUUCUUGACAACAAAUAUAAGGACACUGGGAGGGCCUCUUCAGAGGCUUGUUGUAAGCUAUGGGUCCUGUCAAUUCCCAACCCUAGGAUUCGUUGUAGACCGGUAUUUUAAGGUUAGAAAUUUCAAGCCGGAGCCGUUCUGGAGCAUCAAAGUCAUGCACAAACGAGAAGGCAUAGAUGUCAAUUUUACUUGGUCACGCCAUCGCCUCUUCGAUAGGGCAUCAGUCGUUGUUCUUUAUGAGAGAUGCCUCACAGCAAAGAUGGCCAAAGUAGUAAAGGUUCAGGAGAAGCCCACAAAGAAGUGGAAGCCGCUUCCGCUAACCACGGUUGAGCUGCAAAAAAUGGCUACGAGAUUUCUACGUAUGACAGGUCAGCAGGCUAUGGAGGCAGCGGAGAGCCUCUACAAUAGAGGCUUCAUCAGUUAUCCUAGAACCGAAACCGACCGUUUUGAUUCCGGCAUGAAUUUACGUACAUUGGUCCAAAAACAGACACAGUCUGGUUCCUGGGGCGAAUAUGCACAGAAUUUAGUCAAUGGUAGAUUUCAACAGCCACGACAGGGACGAAACGACGAUAAAGCCCAUCCCCCUAUCCAUCCCAUUACCUUUGCGGCGCCGACAAUCCUUAACGACAGAGAAAAGAAAGUCUACGAAUUUGUUGUUAGGCGUUUCUUAGCCUGUUGCUCGGAGGAUGCUAAGGGUGUCGCCACAGACGUCGAUAUCAUAUAUGGAGAAGAGUCUUUCCACGCCCAUGGCGUUGUCGUGUUGGAGCGAAACUACUUAGACGUAUAUGUGUAUGACAAAUGGACAGGGACUGUUCAACUUCCUAAAUUCACCAUUGGUGAGGUCUUCGAACCUACCGAAGCUCUUAUGACAGAAGGCAAGACCGCGGCGCCUAAUUACCUAACUGAAGCUGAUUUAAUUGCUCUCAUGGAUGCCAAUGGGAUCGGAACAGAUGCGACAAUGGCUGAGCAUAUCCAGAAAAUUCAAGAAAGAGAGUAUGUUCGUACUGUGCCCCGAACUUCCCGCGCGGCAGACGAGGGAGGAGAAGAAGACGAUGCCCCGGCUGCACGAGGAGGGCGCGGUGGCCGAGGCGGUCCUCGCCGGGGAGGUCGAGGUGGAGGAUCCACAACCGGCGGGAGAGGGGGGAUUAUGGAAUUUAUCCCAACGCAGCUAGGUGUAGCCCUGAUCGAAGGGUUUGACAGGAUGAACUUCGAGACCAGCCUUGGGAAACCAUUUUUGCGGAAAGAGAUGGAACUAAAGAUGAAGGCUAUUUGUGAAGGCCGUACUACUAAAGAAGUCGUGCUAAGCGAGAGUAUUCGGCAAUAUCGUCACGUCUACAUGCAAUCAAAGGAGAAGCUGACGGUUCUCAAAGCGGCGUGUCGACAGUAUAUAUUUCAACAAAAUGGCGGCUGA